AUGCUGAACAGCGCAGUGCCAGCAGGCAUUGGAGAUGCAGUCACAGGCAUGCUGGGAAGUAUUAACAUAGAAGACCUCUUGAUAGGAUUAAAUGUUCAAGCCGUGACUGUGGAAAACAUGACAUCAACCAUGACAGGUGGUGGGAUCCUUGUCCAAGCCACAACUACUGCCAUCAUAGGUGGAAAAGGCCUAGCGGGACCUGUAGUCAGCAUACUGGGAUUUCAAGUACAUGGGGAAGUAACCCUGAAAAUUGGUCUUUCCACGAACAACACCCAGUGUGUCAACCUCCAAGUCCAGGACAAGGACAUCAAGGUCAACAAAGUGUCUCUUCAGAUAGUGGAUACGCUCACAGGUACUUUGUCAGGGGCUGUCCCUGUGCCUCUGCCUCUGGACAACAUCAUUUCUCAAUUGUUGACAGUCGCUGUGGAAGAAAAUUUUCAAGAAUCGGAAUCGUGUGACAUUGAGUUCAGUGAUUUCAACGAAUGCAAGAACUCUACUGGCUUGUUCAAGUACGAGGUUAAAAGCUCCAGGAUUUCCACUCGAGGUCUUUCUAUCUCCUACUGUGCAAAAGCCCUCUUUAGCAGUGGUAUAGUCCCUGUGCUUGGAGGUCCCCUGCCACCAGAUCCUAAAAAUGCCAACAUUUCCUUAACCCUGUCUUCUAAGUUUCUCAAAGAAAUUGUUGCUCAAAGUGCCAAGCAGAGCUCUGUCAAGAUGAAUAACCUGGCUGCAAGCAUCACCAAAAUAGUCUACUCCUUCCAGUCAGGAAACCAAAUCCAAGCCACCUACUGGGUCACUGUGGAAAAGGAUGGUGAGAGUUUUGCUACUGGGAAAACGACCUUGAUCCUCUCCCAUGACUGCAAGAUUUUGAAAGACAAACUGAUAGCAGACAUCAAGGUUAAGAGCUCUGAACACUCGGUGACACCCCCUGAGGCUGAGGAUGAGGUGCAAGAUGUAAUGCCCGUGGUUCUGAAGAAAUUUUUAUCUGCCGUUAACGAAAUGACAAGUAUGUGGAAUGUGCCACCAGGAAUAACCUCAAAUCCUCUAACCAAAGCCCAGGUUGAAGUACUUAAAUCGAACGAUCUUCAGGCAGCAAACUAAACCCAGCAUACCUGAUGCCAGAGAAUUUUCCAGAAUGAAAGCAUUCUAAAACUUCUCUAAGAAAUAUUGAGCCAAGGACAUCCUUAUCAUUAAAAAGCCAAGUAGAAUAGUGUUCUGAACAUGCCAACUAUUCUUCGGAAUCUCACCAACAUUAUCUUGAAUUAACAAGUGCAACAAAAGCAAGAAUCCAGCAAUUUUUGGCACU